AUGGCGGUGCGUAGCGCUAGUAUUCCUCAGCUGCUGCAGCAGAUGAAAGACAUUGACUUGGACAAACGGGUUAUGGCGGCGUCCGACUUGACAGAGGCAAUCUUAAGCAGUCCACAGGGUUUAGGAGCCGCCUGGGAAGGACGAGCAGCGACGGCCCUUUUGCAACAACUUGAAGAUAAUUCUGUUGAUGUACAGGCGAAUGCGGUUCGUUGUAUUCGUAAUUUAAUUUGUAUAUUUUCUCCAUCAAUUCGUCUAAACACUUUUCUUUCUCUUUCUUCUUCUGUUAAUAAUUAUACUAAUGCAUUUAGACAUAUUCAUUUUACUUGUCUUAAAGGUUUAGUAUUGGAGCUGCCUGAGGCUCUCUUUGCUCCCGUCAUCCCUGAGCUGCUUGUUCUGCUAGCAGAGGGAAUUCAUAGCGAGAACAAUGAGGUACAAACAGAUGCAUUGGAUAUUCUUGCAGAUACACUUUGCUGCAGGGGUUUAGAGGUGUGGGGUGCUGCUGCUGCUGCUGCAGCGCAGCAGCAGCAGCUGUCUGUACACCUCAUGCGCCUACUUACCUACGAAUUAACCUCCGCAAGAAAGGCUGCCAGGUGUAUAGGCGGACUCGCUGCUAGGCUACCAGCAGAUGAAUUAUCAUCUCUUGUCUGCGCAUUGAUGAAAACCCCACAGUUGAGUGUUGGUGCAUUGGAUGCUCUUGCUGAGGUGUGUAGACACUGCAGCAGCAGCAGCAGCAGCAGCAGCAGCAACAGCAACAGCAGCAGCAGCAGCAGCAGCAGCAGCAGCAGCAGGUGCUUCGAGGCCCUGCAUCCUUAUAUUUGUUUGUUUAUCUAUAGAGCAAUAGCAGCAAUACUAAAAGAUGAGGAAAAGGAGAUGGGCAGCAGCAGCAGCAGCAGCAGCAGUGUAUCUGCUGCUGCUGCAGCAGCAGCUGCUGCUGUUGAGGCCGCUGCUGCUGCAACAGCAGCCUGCAGCGGUACCUACCAGAGCAGCGCAGCAGCAGCAGCAGCAGAAGCAGCACAAUCCCCGCUGCAGCUGCCUACAGGAGGAGCAGCAGAAGCAAGGAGGGAGCAGCGGGAGGCUUUGCUGCAGGCAGCACUUGCUGCACUUGAGCCAGCAGCAUCAGCAGCAGCAGCAGCAACAGCAACAGCAGCAGCAACAGCAACAGCAGCAGGAAAUAAAUGCAGCGGGAGCAGUGCAGCACGAGGUGUAUUUGAGGCUGCUGUGCUGCUGCUGCUGCCUCUGCUGCACUAUAACCCUAAUGUAUAUGCUGCAGAUACAGCUGAGCAGCAGCAGCAGCAGCAGGAGGAGAAUCGUUUGCUGCUGCAGCUACAGCACCAACCCCUUAAUCAUGUACUAGUACAGCAGCUGCUGCAGGGUACAUACAACAGCAGCAGCAGCAGCAGCAGCAGCAGCAGCAGCAGCAACGAGGAGUUCAAUGACUUCGACCCCGGCUGGUCUUAUGAUGAACACUUAGAGGCAGCAGAUAAUUCAUGGAAGAUACGUAUGGCUGCACUCAAGGUUGUGAAGGCAGCAGUAGGUGGAUCUUCUGCUCGCUUUGGUCUAUUAGCGCAUGCAUUUGCUGCUGCUCUUGUUGAGCUACUGCAGCAAAAUGAAUCUUGUCUCCUUACCCAAGCAAUUGAUGUUAUUCGCCGUUUGCUUCGGUCUGCUUUGCUUGGCGGUGCGCCGCUGCUGCAUGCGGAGGCAGCAACGUUGCUGCUUACCCAGCUGCCUCCUGCUGCUGUUGCUGCUGCUGCAGCAUCAGCAGAAGAAGAAGAUCCGCAGCAGCAGCAGCAGCAGCAGCAGCUGCAGCAGCUGCUCAAGUCCCCAGAUAGACGCCCAGAAGCAGACCAUCUGCAGGCCUUAAUGCCAAUGCUCGUGCUGCGGGCCAGCCGUCUUUGUAGGGAUGAGUCCUUAGGUGUAAAGACGCAGCAAGCAGCAGCAGGUUUGCUGCUGGAGGCAGCAGCAUCAUUUCCUGCUGCAGCAGCAGCGCUGCUGCCGCUGCUGCUUGCUGCAGCAUCUGUUGCAAUGCAUGCAGACACAGCAGCAACAAAGGAGGUGGGGCUGCGUCUUGCUUCUAUUAGUCUUGUUAUCUACAAUAUGCAGCUGCAAGAUCAGCAGCAGCAGCAGCAGCAGCAGCAGCAGCAGCAGGUGCUGCUGGAUGCAUCUACUAAGGUGCUGCAGUGGUCAAUUGCUGCUGCUGCUGCUGCAGCAGCAGACCCUCGCCUAAGGGCUGCAGCACUUUGGGCUGUUGGUAUUUCUGCCAGUGUGCAUGCCAAUGCAUGGAGACCUGAAUCUGCUGCUGCUGCUGCUCCUGCUGCUGCUGCUGCUCCUGCUGCUGCUGCUGAGGUGCUUGAGGCUGUGCGCCUCGCAGCAGCACAGAUGAAUCAUUCAGAGGCAGUCGUGAGGGAAGCCGCCAUCUACUGCUUUGGGGCUGUGAUGCGCUGCUACGGCAGUUGGCCUGAGGUAGCAGCAGCAGCAGCAGCAGCAGAUAGCUGGAGGGUUUUAACGUCACAGCUCUGCAGCAGCGGAUCGAGGAAGGCCGCUUUGGAUGCGGUGCUGAUGUUGUUGGAGUCAGCAGCUCCUCUGCCGCCAACUGCUGCUGCUGCUGCUGCUGCUGCUGCUGGCAGCUCAUCUGCUGCUGCUGCUGCUGCUGCUGGAGGGUGUGGGGAGGCAGCAACAGUGGAGAGGCUUGUGGUGCUGCUAGUUGAGGCUGCACUGCAGCAAGAGCAGCAGCAGCAGCAGCAGCAGCAGCGUGCUACAGCAGGAAAAUGUUUGCUGCUGCUGCUGCGUAGACACCCCGAGCUGCUGCAGCAGCAACCUGUCCAAGAGAUGGUAGUUAGGACUGCAGCAAAGUUGCUGCAUAGGGCACAGCACAGGACGGCCCUACCCGCGUUGCAGCUGCUGCUGCUGUUGCUGCAGCACCUUGAGCAGCAGCAGAGUUAUGUCUCCCCUAACGAACAACAGCAGCAACAGCAACAGCAACAGCAGCAGCAGGAGGAGGAGCAGCAGCAGCAAUUGGGUGUUAGGGUGUUUCGGCUCCUAUUAUCCGAGGUUAAGACAGUAGCAGCAGAUUCUCUUGUUGCUGCUGCUGCUGUUGCUGCUAAUCUGCUGCUGCAGCAAAACCCUAAGGACGCUGUUCCUAAUAUUGUUACCGAGCUGCAGCAGCACCAGCAGCAGCUGCUGCAAUUGAAGCAGCAGCAACAGGAGCAACAGCAACAGCAGCAGCAGAAUUGGGAGCAACAACAGCAGCAACAACAGCAGCAACAGCAGCAUCAACAGCAGCAGCAGCAACAGCAGCAGCAGGCGGACCUCAGCCUGCGGAGUUGCUUCCUUGCGCUUACUCUCGCGGAGUGCAUUCGGCUGCAGCCUUCUGCUGCAGUUGCUGCUGAUGUCUUGUCUUGCUGCUUGCUGCUGCUGGACUCGGUUACUGUUGCUGCUGCACAGAAAGCAGCAGCAGCAGCAGCAAGCAGCAUCCUUGCUGCAUGCAUAGAUGCAUGCAUGCAACACGUGUUGCUGCUGCUGCAGCAGCAGCACGACAGGGUGCUGCAGGCUGAGCAUAAAGAGAAAUGUCUUGCUGACAGCAGCAGCGAGCAGCAGCCUGAUGCAGCAGCAGCAGCAGCAGCAGGCUCAUUAGAAGAGCAGCAGCAGCAGCAGCAGCAGCAGGAGUUGCAGCAGCAGCAACUUGUUCUUGCUAAGACAGAGAAGAAGCAGCAAAGGGAGAAGGAGCUGCAGCUGCUGAUGGUGUUGCAUGGAUGUUUGCUGCUGCAUACACCAGAUGAGCAGCAGCAGCAGCAGCAGCAGCGGCAGCAACUGCAGCAGCGGCAGCAGCAGCAGCUGCCACUGCAGCAACGCCACUCUGCUGCUGCUCUGCAGCCUUGGCAACAGCAGCAGCAGCAGCAACAGCAGCAGCAGCUGCAACAGCAGCAGCAGCAGCAGCAACUGCAUGCAUGCAUGUGUAUGCAGGUAGUGGAGAUAUUAUCUCUCUUAUCUACAAGUCGUGUUGAAGGAGAAAGAUCAAUAAUUGCUGCAUGCAUUGUGCAGCUAUUUUCUUGCUUCCCCCGCUGCAGCAGCAGCAGCAGCAGCAGCAGCAGCAGCAGCAACAGCAAGGAAGAUUGUAAUUGCUGCUGCUGCUGUAUACCUGCCGCCAUUAAAAAGUUUUUAAGUGGAAAUACACCCGAAGAAAAACUUACAGGACUCGCUGUUCUAAGAGAUGCUGCAUUAGAUUCUUUACUUCUUCCUAAUUAUUUAUUUUCUCCUUUUGUAGAUUGUCUCUCUACAGAGGACCUCCGCGUUGUUGUAUGA